AUGACAACCCCAAACCAUUUGGUGCAAUUUCAAAUUGCACUCUUUGUCAUCUUGGUCUCAUUCUCUUUCACCUAUACACACACCCCACCACAUGAGGCUUCUCCCACGCCACCCCAACAACAACAAUCUCCGCCAUCACCACAACAACAAUCUCCUCCAAAGUCUCCUUCUCAAACAACAGUGGAAUACAAAGGAUGUUGGUCGAAGGUCUUUGCGUUCGGAGACUCGAACACAGACACUGGUAAUGGCUACUUGAUUGGAGGUUUAAAAUCCUUUACAAGCACCUCAUUCUCCAAGUCAUUCUAUAGUUCAUCAUCCAAUGGUUACUUGAAAGGACACAGGCUUUCCAACGGUCGAUUAAUCGUCGACCACUUGACUGAAUCUCUGUCUUGUCCCUCCUUAACGGCGUACAAAUCAUCUUCAGUCAAUUUCGACUACAACGGCAGUGUCAACUUCGCCAUUGCAGGGACUUCGACUCUGUCUAGGGACUACUUCUACAACAACAACAUUGGCCACACCUUCAUGUGGAGCCGAGUUCCAGAGAGUUACCGGACUGAGAUAACUUGGUUCAACACCUAUCUUGUUGAAAGGAGUAAGAGACAUGGUUCUCAAGCUUGUCGAAAAGACAUGGCUAACACCCUCUUCUGGGUUGGUGGAGUUGGAGGCAAUGACUACCUCCGCGCGUACGGAUCUUCCAUUACCUCUCGCAUGCUUACUGACCUUUCUGUUGGUCACGUAUCCAAAAUUCUAAAGACAUUGUUAGACCAAGGAGCUCUGUACAUAGUCGUACAAGGGCUGCCACCAUUGGGAUGUCUUCCGUCGCAGCUAUCAAUGUGUCCAAUGACCGACCGCGACGAAAUGGGAUGUUCUAAGGCCACCAACAACCUGGUAAAAGUUCACAACAAACACCUUCAACUAAGAUUAGACCACUUCAGAAGACGGUAUCCAUACGCAAUGAUAGCCUAUGCAGACACCUACGGUGCUUACGAGGCCAUACUGGCCAACUACAAAGCAUACCAUUUCCAGGAGCCAUUCAGAGCUUGUUGUGGCUCCAAUGAAGGUGGUGCUUAUAACUUCGACGUCCAUUGCCUUUGCGGGUCUCCAGGGACGUCCACUUGUAAGAACUCCGGUCAGUACAUGAGCUGGGACGGUAUCCAUUUCACAGACUCCAUGAACGGACAACUCACUGAACAUUUCCUCAACAAAGGUUACUGCCAGCCUUCGUUUGAGGAACUUGCCAAGAAGAAGAAAAUGCAUGUAGAAUAG